AUGUCAGAUGUAGUUUUACUUGUAAAAAACAUCGAAAACCUCAUUUCAUUUAUAGAAACGCUCCUUAGGAAGUCAUCUUCACAGACCAGUGAGCGCAGCGGCGUUGUUGUAGAUACCUGCCGUGCUCGAUUUCAGCGGCUUCAAGACAGAUACCACCUUUUAUUAUGUCGUUACAAAAUUGUAACCCAUGUUGAGAUCGACGGAACAAGCUUGCCAGGCAAUGGGGUAGGAGGUCCAUCGUUUCAGAGCAUCACAGAUGCGGGGAUUACCAAGGAGGAGCCUUGUGAUGAGGGAAAGUCUACCUUUCCAUGUGAACCCCAUUCCAAUAGUCCUUGUUCUAAUUCUGAUGGGUUGCAUAUUAACUGCCUCGUGAGGCUCCCCGGAUCGGUUUCCGUUUUUCCCAAUUCUGUGUUCGAUAACGAGGCUGGCCCCACGGCUGGUAGGGAGUCCCCUUUGUCAGUUCGAACGAAUGAGACACCACCGUUGGGGUCAUCAGCCCUCAACUGCGGUGGCUCGGGCUGUGGUGACCUCUGCAAGCCCACAGAUAAUGGCGGAGGUGGGAAGGAUAGUGGGAGGCGGCCGAUGAGCCCGUCCCUCCGGCCUGAUUUGCCAACCUCUGCUGCAGAAUUCAUAAACGCGGGCGGAGAGCCCCGUAACGGCCCCUCCGAUGACGGGCUGGAAGGGGACGCUCCAAAGGAUACGGGCACUCGCCCGAACGCCCCACUUCAGACGCUGCUGCAGCACUUCGUGGCCUUCAAGGCAGGUUCCACAUGGCGGCGAUUCAAAUCGCUUCCAAUACCGGAGCUUGCAAUGGUAGGUGACGCACUGCAUUCACCGUCAGGUUACCUCAGGGAUCAUCGACGCACCGCUGCCGCUGAGCAUUGCAGUGUCCGGGCAAAUGAAAGGCCCAUAGGCAGUCAACUCCGUACUUCUUCUAGCGAGGAUGCCUCGGUGGGGGCAUGGCAGGGACAUUGUGCUGGUUGUCUGAGUUCUCUCGACGCCCAAUCGGUGAUCUGGCGGCUCCUGAAAUUUUCUUUCCGCGGAACAGCGUGGUUCUGUCAUUAUACAAAACGGUACUACUGCCAAGCCUGCCAUCAUGGGGAGGUUUCACCGAUCCCAUCACGGCUAUUGUGGGAGUGGGAUGCGACCCCGUUCGCGGUUUGUGAUGCCGUAAAGGAUUUCUGGGUGCGGUACCAGGAUAAGCCACUCUUUGCGGUAGGGGCAGUGAACCCAAGCUUAUAUAAGAGGGUCCCGGCGCUGGAUAUUGCCUACGCCCUACGAGUACAGAUCCACGCGCUGUGGGAGGUCUGCAUUCCAUGUGCGGACUUUCGUCGGCUUUUCUAUGGGGAUAGUGUCACGGAUGCACGGGACGGCGAGGCGGAGGCGGCGUGCUAUGUGCCAUUAGGACAGCGGUAUUACCUGGAAGACAUGGAGCUUUGGUCUUUUGCGGACUUACUGGAGUUGUAUCGUUGCUGUCCCGGGCCGCUCCAUCCAAGGCCGAAGUCGCUGCCGUGUGAGACGAGAUCCCCCCCUGCGCGGUCGCAUGAUGGGAUGGAGGUGGGACUCCAAUAUUUCUCCGAGGAGGAUGAGGAGCGACAUGAAAGGCUCGCCCUAGCACUGAGCCAUACCACAAACGCCGGCCCGCCAAGGCAGGCUCAGGACCACCGCCAGGGGCAUCUCUGUAUCCCGCGCGACCGCAAUUCGAUGCGUGGCGACAGCGAUGCUGCAGGGCUUAUCGCCGAUGCCCUACCUUCACUGGCGCUGGUUUAUGCAUCUUGCAGUGUACUCCAGAUACUACACCGUGUACGCCAAGCCAUAAAGUGGCACUUAUUUCAGCAAUGCUGUGAUGUUUGCGGCUACAGUCGUGGUUGCACGACCUGUCAGCGGCAUGCUGCGGAUGUGUGUCGUCUGUGUUGCCCUGCUGACAUAGCUGAGGACUUUCUAUGUUCUCAAGUGUGUGAAGUAGUGGGGGAGCCGGAAGCUCCAAAGCGAAACCAGCGACCCCAGGAUAAUCCUCGUGAGCAGCGUGAACGAGACACUUUUGCUUGCGGUAAGCACCGUUGUGGGUGUGGUAAUUCCAAGAGCGACUGCGAUAGGAGCUUUCUGAGUAGACUUCCUGAGGCUGUGCUACCCUUUUUUGUUUUAUCGAUUGAUAUCCUUCAUAUACACAUCUGUCCCCGAUGUGGUGCCUCCUACCACAAGCGCUGCUGGCGAGACGCCGUGUCUAGAGGCAUCUCAGAUCCUUGUAAAGUAUGUGAGAUUUUGCCGGACUUCACGACGCGUCAACAGGAGAGAAUGAAUAGUGAAAAUAGAACCUGA